AAGUUGAGAAAAUAUUUUAAAUUAGUGUAAUAAAAUGUGUAAGUUGGUAAUGAGUUAAGUUACUUGAUGCGCUGGCCCGAACAACCCGAAACCCGACCCGCCCGCAACCCGCCCGAGCCUAAACCCGAUGAACCCGCAACCCGAUUUGCCCGCAACCCGAUUGAAUCCGAACCCGAUGAACCCGCAACCCGUUUGAACCCGAACCCGAUGAACCCGAACCCGAACCCGAUGAACCCGCAACCCGACUAACCCGUAAUCUGUUUGAACCCGAACCCGAUUGAACCCAGCCCAAACCCGCCCGAACCCGCCCGAUUGACACCUAUGUUCUCAAGCAUGAUAGAUCCGAAAUGUCAAGCUAGUGACUUUAACUUAGCGCUUGUUGGGAGGCAACCCAAUGUAGGUUUGUUUUCUUUUCCUUAUUUUGUCUUUUUGUGUUUGAGUGAAGAGUUUAAGUGGUCGAGUUGAUAUCCCCAUGCCAGGUCUUUGUGAUUGUUUGUUGAGUGUUUUGAGAUGUGUUGUGAUCGAUAGUAGGCACGGUGGAGUAGGUUGAGUAAUUUUUUUUUCGAAAUGUCCUAUUUUCAGUUCAGUUCACGGUUUGCGCUUGCAGUUUGCAGUCUUAAUUAACCGUGAACUGCUCAAUGUGUCCGUGAACUAGAGCACUCCGUGUUUUACACAAAACUCGUCGUUUUACCCCAGUUCACGGUCUGCAAGUUAUGUUCACGGUCUUAGAGACCGUGAACUGAGGGUUCUGCCUAUUAAAGGGGCGUGAACCCCUCAGUUAACUUCACGACCAAAAUUUUUGCCGAAAUCCUUUAAAUUCGCUGGAAACCCACUAUUUUACGAUGAAUUUCAUCAAUUUCAUCAACCUCCUGCGAUCCAAAUCAAAAACCAAUCACAUACCCGGUCUUCCAACGUCAAGGGUGACCUUCGCUGCAAUUUUGGGGAGAUUUGGCUCUGGUUUUUUUUUGGAGAGGCGAUUUCCAACGACACCUCUUCGACCUAUUUUCGUGUGAUUUUUCGAGUCCCUCACCCUCUCCUCACUUCCAAUGCAUUCCUACUUGAGUCUCCAAGUUGUUUUCGACCUUAGAAUUGUAAUAUUUGGCGAAACGGAUUAGGGUGUGAAGUGAGGUGAAUUUAGUGAAUUGAUUAUUGAAUGUAGAAAUAGGGCGAAGGAUUAGUUGAUUCUAGGUGAAUGAAUGUUGCAUGACGCUUGCUUGCAUGAGCUUAAUUGAGACUUUGUGGCAUGAUUUUGAUACAAAUUGUGUUAAACGUGAAAUUUGCCCACCAAGUGCAAAAAUGUGAAUGAAGGUGGUUGUUUGGUGUUUGUGUGGUGGAUGGUAGCCGUCUGCCAUAGUUCGGGUUUGAUAUUGUGUGGAUAAUCUGUGAAAUACCUAGAACCAUGCCUCGAUGUGCUUGAGCUUAAUUGUUUGAAUCCAUUCUUGAGGAAAACUUUCAAUGGCAUGGAACCGUAGUGAACAUAAGUUUGUGGGGAAUUCUUUCCCCCCCCCCCCCCCCAUCAGUUGAGUUUGACAAUUAUUUCCAUGUAUGGUGCAUGUUUGACUUUUUGCAGGAUGGUCAACAUGAACCACCUGUACCUUUUGGUGCUUAUAUGGAAACCCUCAAUGGAAGAAGAGCUGAGAUUUUGGGCAAGCGCUCACUCCGGAGACCACUGGAAACUCGACACUUCACUUAGUUUGAUGGUCUUCAUUAUGGAGAUAUCAUGAGGGAGGCUGUGGCACGCCCACAAUGGCGCCGGCUCCUUAAAAUGGAAGAUGACAUUUAUGGGGAGCUGCGUGUUGAGCUUUUCAGUACCUUAAUUUUUGACGGGUUAGCCCGAGCCAUGGGAGUUGAAGCCGCAUCUGGGGCAGAGUGUGAAGAGGACGACACCAGAGGUUGCGAUGUGAAUGUAGCAAUUCAAAGAUUUUGCCUCCCAGAGCACUAACGAACACCGUUUCGAUUAGCACUCACGUUGGCGUCCACACUCAAGCCACAACGGUGCAUCAUCAAUGCACUCCUUGAUCGUUCCCUCUACCCGAGUUAUCACAAUCCGAACAAGAUAACUGAGAGGAUCUUGCUGGCAUUCGCUAGCAUGAUGGACCCGUCUAGCAAUAUUCAUCUUGGUACGGUCUUAUCCACCUCUUUCGCCAGAGCCAUAGGGGGAAAACGACGAUAUGUUAUGUCAUUGGGGACCUACAUCACCCAUCUUGCUCGUCACUUCAAUGUUAAUCUGGUGGACUUCACAAAAGAGGGGCACUUCUUGGGGUUUGAAGAGGGCACCUUGAGUUCCAUGCGUUUACUUUGAGCAUUUGGACCAUUUCGAUUUAUCUAGGGACUGACUCUACAACCAAGGGUCCCUCCUCCAGAGCAGCCACCUCCUCGAGCUCCCGGCCGCCGCCGGCAUCCUGUCCUUCCUCCACCUGCAGCAGCAUCAUCAUCCGGAGUCGGUCGUUUUCUCCUUGUGUACUUAGAUCCCUCUUACCAUGGCGAGUAACAACACAAUGGUCACUAGUGAGUAUGAUGGACGCAUAGGAUUAGUUCACGCCCAAAUGUUGACUGUCCCGAAAUAUUCUAUCCCCUGGUCAACCCCUUUGAGCAUUGUGACUUUGGGGGUCGUUCUCUUGUAGCAGCUCUUCUCUUGUGAGCUUAAUGGUGUUUGAUAGAAUGAACCCCCAUCCUUUCUUCGGGUCUAUACGUGAGUCGUCCUUGUGUCCCGUAGUCCAUGCUUUGGAGCUCCAUUGAGGUUCUACAUAUUAGGAUUUUGCGCGGUUCUUGUAAGAAUACAAGAGGUAGUGUUGGAGUGAGUUCUUAAUUGAGAACAUUGUUCGUUAAAUGGCAUAUGUUUCACUCUCUAGUACCCCCCUCAAAAAGAAAAGAAAAGAGAAAAAGAAAGAAAGAAAGGAAAAGUAGAAAGAAAAAGAAUCGAAAAAGAAUAGAAAAAGAGGUAAUAAAACGUGGUAAAUAAAUUAGAGUGGCCAUAAAAUCAAAGUGUAUGCUCUAGGAAGGGUUUCUUGGCACUCAAGUCAUUGAAACACCCAAAUUGUUGUUGUGCUCCUUCACUACUAUGUUUGAAAUGUGUUAGCAAGAAUAGGCUGAGGAAGUGUGCUUCAGUGUAGUUCGUGAUGGUUGAUAGUUUGGUUUGGAAGGAAGUAAGGCUUUUGGCCGAUGCUAGUGGUCAUUGUGUGUAGGGAAGGUUCUUAGUCGAAUCCAUAGAACCUUCGAUUUUAAGGUGAAUAUGUAGGACCUCAUGUUGUGUUUGCGACCACCCAAAAGGACUUUUCCCCAUGUCCAAGACAAUUGCCAGUCAUUUGAACCCAUGUCUAAGACCUCUGGACAAACAAGUGAUGACAACCGUCCCGUAAAAUCUAGCAUUUAGAGGUUGGCGCCAUGGUGAAGAGACGAUAGGGCCGAAUGUUGAUGAUUGUGCACAUUUUUUGCACCAAAUGGUCCCGACCCCACUGGCCAAGAGAGUGAGUGAUUCAUUCUUGCUUUUCAUGUCAUAUCUUACCCUAGUGAGGACCUUUGUUGUCCAUUCGUUUACUCCUUGGACUCGAAUGUUAUGCAUGGUUAGUUGUGGUUGAUUAGUGAUCUUGUUGAGACUUGCAUUGAUUCAUGAACAAGGUGAGAACUUUUUGUUUGCCCGUUUUUGGUGGUCUCGAAUGUUGUUUGUGGUGGAUGUCGGUAUCGCUUGCAACGGUCCAUGUGUUAAUUGCCAACAGCCAUUGAGAUUCCCCACUUUGUGCCCUUUGAGUUAUCCCCAAUGUAUUUUUUUUUAGGUUGAGAUAUUACCUCGUGUGAAAUGGUUUGCUUGGGGACAAGCAAACGGCUAAGUGUGGGGGAGUGAUUCGGCACUAAAUGUACACUUUUUAU